GUGAGUGAGGACAGAAUGCAGCUCAGACAGUUGGUUUUAGGCCGGUUAGCAUUGUAGCUAACUCCGAAAUAAACACGGAUUGUUUUUCGUUUUAACGGCUUAUUAAACUUUAAUUGAAGUUGACUAAGGAUUAUUUUUCUCUUCAAGGAGCAGUCUUGUAAGAAAAAGAACCAAAAACAUACUUCAUAAUGUAUUGUGGACCGGCUAGCUAGCAAAAUAAGCUAACUGUCUAUAGUGGUAACUACUGGCAACCUGUUUGAGUCACUAAACUUGUUAACUAGUGAGCUGAGUGGAGCACUGAUUGACUUGUUUCUUAGUAGUGCAUACUUUUAAAUUAGCUUGUUAUAGUUAACUAGUUAAAUUUUGUUAAUGUUAAUAACAGCAGUUUGUGUAGUUGACUUUCAAACCAGCUAUCUAUAAUACACUACUGUUCAAAAGUUUGGGGUCACCCAGACAAUUUUGUGUUUUCCAUGAAAAGUCACACUUUUAUUUCCCACCAUAAGUUGUAAAAUGAAUAGAAAAUAUAGUCAAGACAUUUUUCUGGCCAUUUUGAGCAUUUAAUCGACCCCACAAAUGUGAUGCUCCAGAAACUCAAUCUGCUCAAAGGAAGGUCAGUUUUAUAGCUUCUCUAAAGAGCUCAACUGUUUUCAGCUGUGCUAACAUGAUUGUACAAGGGUUUUCUAAUCAUCCAUUAGCCUUCUGAGGCAAUGAGCAAACACAUUGUACCAUUAGAACACUGGAGUGAGAGUUGCUGGAAAUGGGCCUCUAUUGCACCAAAAACCAGACAUUUGCAGCUAGAAUAGUCAUUUACCACAUUAGCAAUGUAUAGAGUGGAUUUCUGAUUAGUUUAAAGUGGUGAUCAUUGAAAAGAACAGUGCUUUUCUUUCAAAAAUAAGGACAUUUCAAAGUGACCCCAAACUUUUGAACGGUAGCGUACCGUAAGUGCAAUACACUUAUUGGGAUUUGGGACGCAGCCUUUAUUUCUGUCACCUGGACAAACUUAAUAAAUGAAUAAUUAGACAAGGUAAUGUUUAAUCUGUAGGAUUGAUGAGCUGUUUAUAGGUGCAUACAUUAUUCUAGAGCAGAUGGAGUCCAUGACUGACGAGCCUUAAUAAAAAAUUUGCUUUUUUUAAACCAUUGAAGUCAAGAAAACUUGCAUUUAAUUUAUUAUUUUAACAUCUUAACCUAUCCCAGGCAGUAAUCUCAUUUUUAAAAGGUUUAUUUCUUGACUACGGUCCAUUAGGGCAUCAUGCAUGCAUGUUCGUACGUACAUCCCCCCCCCCCCAGUUACAUGUCAGUCGUGGGAUCGAGAUGCUGACCUCUUCUGCUCCUCGGACCUGCCUGAUCCAUUCUGGUGCCCUGUGUCUGGUUGGAGUCUCAUCGCAUUGCUCCUGUGGAGGGCGGCCACAUGUGGACAGUUGGGGGUCGCGCCUGGAGGACGCUCUGGACUGUUGCAGUGGUGCUUCUGUGGCUGGGGACUGCGGUGGACUUGCUGGCUUUGGGGCUGCAGUGGGCUUGCUGGCUUUGGGGCUGCGGUGGGCUUGCUGGCUUUGGGGCUGCGGUGGACUUGCUGGCUUUGGGGCUGCGGUGGGCUUGCUGGCUUUGGGGCUGCGGUGGGCUUGCUGGCUUUGGGGCUGCGGUGGGCUUGCUGGCUUUGGGGCUGCGGUGGGCUUGCUGGCUUUGGGGCUGCGGUGGGCUUGCUGGCUUUGGGGCUGCGGUUAUCGUGAACGGUUUUGCACUAGGGUUUCCAUCAGUGGGGGGUUUAUAGCAUCAACGAAACUGACUUUGUUAGGACCAUUAAUGUUAUAGUCAUGUUGUCUGUUGUUGCCCAAAUGAGGAUGGGUUCCCUUUUGAGUCUGGUUUCUCUCAAGGUUUCUUCCUCAUGUCGUCUGAGGGAAUUUUUCCUUGCCACCGUUGCCACAGGCUUGCUCGUUGGGGAUAGAUUAGGGAUAAAAUUAGCUCAUGUUUUAAGUCAUUCAAAUUCUGUAAAGCUGCUUUGUGACAAUGUUUAUUGUUAAAAGCGCUAUACAAAUAGACUUGACUUGACUUGACGUUCACACUUGAGGGCAAUUUAGAGUAUCCAGUCGACCUAAUGCCCUGUUUAGGGAGGUCGGAGGAAACCAGAGUACCCUGAGGAAACCCAUUUGAAGACUGGGAGAACAUCUUGUUUUGCAUUAAUGGCAUUUAGCAAACGCUCUUAUCCAGAGCAUACCCAGAGCAGCCUGUGGAGCAGUUAGGGGCACCGUGGGCGGCAUGGUGGUGUAGUGGUUAGCACGGUCGCCUCACAGCAAGAAGGUUCUGGGGUCGAGCCCAGCAACUAGCAGGGGCCUUUCUGUGUGGAGUUUGCAUGUUCUCCCCAUGUCUGCGUGGGUUUCCUCCAGGUGCUCCGAUUUCUCCCACAGUCCAAAGACAUGCAGUUAGGUUAACGUGGGGUGGCCUUGGCCUGAAGUGCCCAUGAGCAAGAAGAUGUUGGGCUCUAUCUGGGAGUACCUGUAUACCUCCUUUUUUCGGUUCUGGUUGAAAUGGUUUCUCAGACAAAUCACAGGAAAAUGUGAACUUCAGCGGAUCUGCCACGGGUACGAACCUGGCGCUCAGAGGACCAUCCGGAUCGAAAGCUCCUUGAAAUCUUCAAAAAACAAGGUGCUGCAGGACGCAGUGAAUGUGAAGGAAGAUGCAGUAGAGGGCUGUGUGACACAAAUCGUGAAGGAGAAGAAUAUAAAGGAGCAAAAAGAUCCAAAGUUUAAGGUGAAUCUUCAUCAAUGCCUCAUACAAAUAAGCGGCUAUAACACCCUGUUCACGACGGUUGAAGAGCUAAGAAAAGAGGUGUUUGACUCAGAAAAUGAAGAACACGAGAAAAUGCUUCUUAAGUUGUGGGAUUUGCUGAUGCCAUCCGUUAAGCUGGAAUCUCGAAUCACCAAGCAGUGGGGCAGCAUCGGCUUUCAGGGUGACGACCCAAAGACUGACUUCAGAGGGAUGGGCAUGCUUGGCCUGGUAAACCUUGUGUUUUUCAGUGAGAACUACACUAAAGCAGCACGGCACGCCCUGUCCCAUGCCAACCAUCCCUCACUGGGGUACUCUUACGCCAUAGUGGGCAUUAACCUGACCGAGAUGGCCUACAGUUUACUGAGGAGCGGUGCUUUGAAGCCUCACUUGUACAACACCGUGGCAGGGAAACCGCACAUGCACCACUUCCACCAGCUUUACUGUUACCUGGCAUAUGAGUUUGAUAAGUUCUGGGUAGAAGAAAAGCCUGCGAGCAUCAUGGAGUUUAACAUCUACAGAGAGAAGUUCCACGAUAAGGUGAAAGGGUUCCUCCUGGACCCGGAGGUUUCGCUCAUCUUAAAGAUCGAGUCUUAAAACUGCCCAGAUGACUGACUGACUCUUCUAUGACUAAUUAAAAAAAAAAAAAUGACCUGAAUAAUAGCUUUUAAGCACAUCCUUCUCCUCCUAUGCUUCCUGUUUUUAAACACAGUAACAAGUAGCAGAUUUAUAAGUCUUAACACCAUUCCUGAACACAAUAUUGUACAGCUGAAUUGUCAUCACGACGUAUUAAUAGAAAUUUUUUUUUUUUUUUGGCCAUGCAUACAAUUAUUAACAGUUCUCCUCAUACUUGAAAUUCGAGUUAUAUUUAUGGUUCCUGUUGGUUUCCUCAGUGUUCAUCUCAGGAAUUUGAUAUUUAUGAAAAUAGGGAAAAUCAAAUGGAUAUUAAUCCAAAUGAAACUUUUAUGUUAAACUGUCUUGCACGUGGACAAUUCAGUGUUUGGUUUUUUUUUUUUUCAUGUUUUAAUGCUUUUUGUUUGCUAAUACAUUUAGCCCUACAGGACACUAGCUCGAUAAACGGACAUUAAAGGUGUUGUUCUGUAAUCAGUAACAAUGAAAAUACUGUGUGGUACUAGUGUUCAAGUUAGUCAUAGUUUGGCUUGCUUGUUUGUUUGUUUGUUUGUUUGUUUGUUGUUACCUGGAAUAACUUUUUUUCUUUUUUCUUUUUUUUUUUUUGGUGUCUGCUUAACAAAUUAUCGCAUAUGAUUUAGCUGUCAGCAUUUUCAUCCUAAUUGUAAUCUUGUAUCAGAGAACUUCCGAAUUUGGACCUCGUACCCAAGACAUUGUUUGCACCAAGUGACGCCAAACUGUGUGCUAAGGAAGACAAAAAAAAAUCAGCCUCAAGAUGGAGCUACUGAUGUAUUUAGCUCUGCAACAUUAUUUUGUCCCUUUGUAUAGACAACAGUGCGUCAUAGUGUCAGAACGCAAAAAUGUUUGUUACUGAACUGCUUGAAAGCUAUUUGAGGCGAACAGGUGGUGAUCCACACUUGCAUGAUGCUCACACUACCAAGCAACACAUGAUGAAUUAUUUCCCUUAUAAAUGUGUGCAACGAGGCAGCACGGUGGUGUAGUGGUUAGCGCUGUCGCCUCACAGCAAGAAGGUUCUGGGUUCGAGUCCAGUGGCCGACAGGGGCCUUUCUGUGUGGAGUCUGCAUGGUCUCCCCGUGUCUGCAUGGGUUUCGUCCUGGUUCCCCCACAGUCCAAAGACAUGCUGGUUAGGCUAAUUGGUGGCUCUAAAUUGACCGUAGGUGUGAAUGUGAGUGUGAAUGGUUGUUUGUCUCUGUGUGCAGCCCUGCGAUGAUCUGGCGACUUGUCCAGGGUGUACCCCACCUCUCGCCCAUAGUCAGCUGGGAUAGGCUCCAGCUUGCCUGCGACCCUGCACAGGAUAAGCGGUUACGGAUAAUGGAUGGAUGUGUGACAUGGAGCUACAAUUUUAGUAAUUGUGCAGCAAGCAAUAUUUAACAGUUAUCCAACGAAAUCGAGUCGUACAUGAGCUGAUGGCCGACGAGGCGCGUAGUGUUGAGUCCGCUAUAAUCCAUGUACGACGAGAUUGAAUGGAAUAACUGUUUUAUUCUACCCACAUUCACUGGAUUUUGCGAAACAGAUUUUUUUUUUUUUUUGCCACUUCGAUAAAUAAAAACUUGAUUAAAAAAUGUCCAGCAAAAUCAUUUCUGCUUAGGCGGACUUCUUAGCCUGUCGAUGGCUGCACGAAUUGACUUUAGUGACGUUUUUUGUACAAAUUGCCGUCUUGCUGUCGUGCCGAGGUAUAGAAUAGCUUUAGACAUUUAUUUAAUUCUUCCUUGAACAUUUCAGUUGUGUAAUUUUCAAACUCCUUUGAGCUUUCGAACCAGUCUAAAAAAAAUUAAACACGUUUUAAUGUUUAAAGGAACAGU